ACAUUCUAUGACCAGAUGCAUAUGAAUGUUAUAAUUAAAUAGAUCGCAUUUUAGAAAUAUUUCAUUCAGUAAUGCUGGUAAUUCAACAGGUUCCCAAACUUGCAACUCUGUGUAGUAGGUUUAUGUGUAACAUUAUGACAAUUAUUUGAUUGUUGCUUUUGCUUUUUUUUGCAGUGUUUGGCUGGUGUUUGUUGGGGUUUGAAAAAUGUUAGGUGCAUUAGUAUGAACUGAAAAAUGUCUUUUUGUAUUUUCUUUGUCUGUCAUGCAACCAGAGCUGUAAGCAGAAUAAGAAUGAUCUUAGCUUUAGUGACACUAAAUCGUGGUGCCUGGGACCCAAAUCGUCCUAAAUGUAAUUUAUUGUCAAGCGUGACGGAGGUUCCUCAUUUGCCGUUAAAAUGUCAAGACUGAAUGAACAUUUCAGCAUUUCAUUCAUUGCUGGAAGGGUUGACCACAAAUUUCGGAACUGAAAUCUGUCUGAAAGCAACAGAAACCUGUUUUGAAGAAAUGCUUAAUCCAUGAGAAAACUUCUGACACAAAGUGUCAGUGUUAGAAACUCCUCAAGGCUUCAUUUAAGACUGUCAUUUUAGCUCAUUACGUUUAAUGUGACACUUUGGUAAAUAUACUUAAAUCUGGAGAGAUUAAGAUUUGCUCAUAAAACACUAACACGUUCUAUUUAGAGAUUCCCAGGCUGGACAUGUUUUACGAAAUUCAGCAAAAGAUUCCCCCAUCCGUGACACACACAAAUCUAAUUCACUAUAAAAGAACUCAUUAACUUUUUAAUCAUUAAUCCUAACAGUAGUAAUCGGUCUACUGUGAUCAAAGGGACAUUGUCAUGCACCCACACAUACUUGAUUAGAAUCCCUAUUGCUACACAUGUAGUACAACAUUUCUGCAACCUCAUUUGGAAAAAAAAAUGUAACUCUUCUGUCUCCUACACAUAGUCAAGACAUAUCGGGUUAAGUAAUCAGCAGCAUGCAUUGUUCUGCUUGUGCAUAACUCACGACGUGCAGUCUUUCCAGAUUUGAAAGUCACCCGUGCAUUUCACAGGGGAGGGCACAGCUGGUUGUUUAAACUGCUUUUUAUGCAAAUAUGGUUUGGAUUUUUUGGCUGACCGCUCUGUUUCUGUCUCACUCUUUCUCUCCCCAUGUCCCCCACACUCUGACCCUAAACCUUAAGCCUCUUUUUUGCAUCAGUUUCCUUGUUCUCCUUCUUCUACCUCUCUCUCUGUCCUGCGGUAGUGCACAACUUGAUAACAUCAGAAGUGAUUAUAUCACCAUCAUUCAAACCGAACUGCAGAGGACAACAGAAGAAAUUACAAGCUUGCUGCAAAACUCAGACUGUUCAGUAUUCCCACACAAGCUACGCAACUGCACACCAGGCAACGCAACUUCUGUGCAUACCUUACAUUACCUAACCUGCAAAAUGCGGAAUUUACCGGUUCCCCAAACGACUCUACGACUGAUCAAGUCCGUCCUAAGUUCGAUGCGUUGCCCUUGUCUUGAGAAAUCAAUCAAAAUGCCCACUGAGAGUUCAAAGAGGAGGAGGGGAGCAACAAGACGAAGGAGGAACGAGGGGACGAAAAACAGAAAGGAGACUAAGAAACUGUGCAAAGCCAAGGCAAUUCUUUCCGCCAUGACUGAAUGCUACCAGAUGCUAAACUCUCUAUAAAUGGAUACCUGAAUCCAAACUCAAUCACAGCAUGAAGCUCAAAACUUGCAUGCGCUGUCAGUUCCUGUGCAGUAUGCAGUGCUUCAGUGGAUUAUGCGAGGAGGAGCUUCCACUUCAUUUAAGCUUUCCUGUCAAGUACCAGUAUAUUUCUGUAGCAGCUGUUUCGGGUGUUGUAUGACUACUGACUCUUCAGAUAAGUUUCCAAGCCACACAGAAGCAAAAUAUUCAGCCAAGCGGAAAUGAAAUUCCUAAGUCUUCCUUAUAUCCUGACCUCCCACACACUAAGGACCAACUGCAUAUACAGCCUUUCAUGCAGCAUCGUGUGGACUACAUACAGUUUAAGGUGCAUGUUUUGUUUUAUUUUCACGACAAAGCAGUUUAAUAGCUGGAGUUGUGUUUAAAAAGCUAUAAAAAGUUUAUAUGAUUAACUUAAAAGGUGCUUAAACUGAACUUUGUUUUUCCAACCACUCGCUAUGACAUUAACUUGCACUUCGUAGAUGCUGCUGAAGCAUGACUAGGAAAUAUUAAGGUGCUCAGAUACAGUUUUGCUUUCACUUUGGAUUGGAAUAACUAGCCCUGGCACAUCUAUGUUAUCUUGGUUAUCUAAAGCUCCUCAAUUUUUUUUUUAAAUUUUCCUGUCCGGGGAGUUGUUUUAGGCUGUGUGUCAAGGUACGGUGCGAGAUGACACGGUGUUGAUUACUCAUUGAGAAUGAUUUAUAUAUUAAAAGCAUGCUUUGCCACAGUUAUUUAAGCUCAGGUCACAGACCUUUUCUUUUCCUAUCCUGGGAUAUAGCUACAGUACAAGCUUUUAGUGUCACAAUCAGUUGGUGCUCUGAUUAAUGAUAUCUACCUAAAAAUUAACUUUUUUCCCCUUUUUACACAAUUAUAGAAAAUAUAAGCAUGCAACCUUUGCUACAUUUUGCAGCUAUUUUCAGCACAGCAGCUAUUUAUGUUUCCUGUCAUGUAGCAUACAUUACUUGUUAUUAUGUAGCUAACUUCUGUCUUUAAAUUGUAUAUUUAAGCUAAUGACUAACACUGUAUAUAACAUGGCAUACUAUCCAAAAAAUAUAUUUAUAUCCCAAACAAAGAUAAGGUGUGUGUUACUUAUUAGUCAGACUCACAAUCACAGCUGUCUUCAAAGAAGUUUAUUGAUGGUGGAUAUACAUGGCAUUAAGUGCACAAUCAUACCCAGUCUAACAGCUGACGUUAUCAGUACAGGAAAACGCAGCCCUCCAUUAGGCUUAAACCUUUCUUGACACGUAACGUGAAUAUAGUUUGUUUCCGGGAAUAAAUGCCCAACUUAGAUAGAUAAUUGGUGUUAAACAACUUAAGGUAAUCGUGCACCUCAAGGAGAGGUUUUCCCCCACUCUUCCAAGUCCCACCGUAAAAUGACCUAUGUGGGGGUCAUCAAGCAAAGGUCGAAAGCAAAAUGUCUUUAGUGUCACCGUAUCUUUGAUUCUAAAUAUCUAGAUGCACUGAACACUGACUCAGUAGAAACACUGUUGAGAAAAAAAAGCAAUUUCAACACAGUGUUUAGGUUUCAGACAAAUCCAAAUGAAACCUAUUUUCACUCUGUAGAGCAUAAAAGAACAAACAAAAAACCAUACAAUCACUGUUCAGUCAGUAAAAAUGAAAAGAAAUAAGAAAAUAAAUAAAUGUAUAAACCUAGUGGGAAUAAAGGGAAUGAGUAAAUGCUACAUUUGGGUGUAAUGUGAGACAUUUUUCCUUUUAAGUGACCUUAAAGGGAGCACUGACCUGUAACAACUCAACCUUUUUUUGGAUUGGUUCCAAAGAAAACAAGGUGAUAAGAUAAAAAAUUUGAAGCUAGUUUCUUUAGAAAAAUCACACUGCUUUCUUCAGUAGUCGUUAUUAUUGCACAUCAAUGUGGAAACAGGUGGGAUUGAGGGAUGCACUUCAAAUCAAGGGCUGAAAAGGGAUAAUGAUGCAGGGCAGUUGAUCUCACCUCUUAUCAGCCACCCAACAUGUUUCCUUUCUUUUUUUCAAACCCACUUUUAAGUCAUCUUUCCUCUACUCCCUUCUAAAGAUGCAUAAUAUUUAAAUGCUAGCGAAUAUCCUUCCACUGACCAACCACCUCUCCUUUGCUGGAAAUAUUUAUUUCUCACAAAUUCUUAAACCCUCUAUGACCUGUAGUUUCACGGCAGUAAUGCUCAUUUUAUAAGUUCAUGGAAA